ACAAGAAGUUCUCUGUGAGGGUGGUGAGGCCCUGGCACAGGUUGCCCAGAGAAGCUGUGCCUACCCCAUCCCUGGAAGGCCAGGCUGGAUGGGGCUCUGAGCAGGCUGGGAUAGUGGCAGAUAUCCAUGCCCAUGGCAGGGGGGUGGAACUGGGUGAUCUUUAAGUCUUUUCCAACCCAUUCCAUGAGUCUAUGAUUUCUUCUGCUCUGACUUCCUAGGCUCUAUUUCUUCCAGGUGUGCAGCUCUGCUGCUACCCUUGAUAAUCUUUGGAGCUGCUUCCCUGUGAAGUUCAGAGAACCAGCUGCAACACAUGCUUGUCACAAGAAGGCUCCAGAGUCUUCCUGCAGCUUUGUUCUCUCUAGCAUGGAGUGGAGAAACAAGAUACAACAAAGACAAGAUACUGCAAGGUCAAGGAGUGGAUGAGCCACUCUCUGCAACUGGUUUCAGGCAAGCAGAUGCUGCUGGUUUAUUUCUCAGUAAUGUGAAGUUUACCCAUGUCUUUUCAAGUGACCUCCUUCGAGCAAAGCAGACUGCUGCUGCCAUUCUAGGGAAAAACAGGUUUUGCAAAGAUUUGGAAAUCAAGUACGAUGCAAGACUGCGAGAGAGAAAAUAUGGUGUUGCAGAAGGAAGGCCUUUGGCUGACCUCAAGGCUAUGGCAAAGGAUGCUGGAGAGCAAUGUCCUUCAUUCACACCUUCUGGAGGAGAAACAUUGGAUGAAGUGAGAGAGCGUGUGAGGGAUUUUUUUGAAUUCCUCUGCCAGCUGGCUGUUGAGUUGGAGCAGAAGGAGCAUGGCAAGCCCGGUGCCCCAGGCAGGAGCUCCGGAACGUCUGGAGAACAGUUUGUUUUCCCUUGGACAGACCACUGCAGUGAGGCGGAGCUGAGCUCUGCAGGCAGCGGAUCUUCCACGGUAUUAGAUGCCAAUAUUUUGGUGGUGAGUCAUGGAGCCUACAUGAGGAACUGGAUUGGCUAUAUGGUUUCAGAUCUCAACUGUACCUUACCAGCAAAUUUAACCAAGACCCAGCUGUCUUCUGUCAGUCCCAAUACUGGAGUCAGUCAUUUUAUUAUAAAACUUGAAAACGGGAGUUUGUUGAAGCCCAAUAUCAUGUGUGUCUGUCUUAACCAAGACUCUCACUUAGUGGAUGUGGGAGCUGAAUGUGUAGCUUCAAAAGUGUUUUAAGACUCUCUGUGGGGGGAAGGUGGAAUUAGAUCACAAUUUUGCUAAACUUAGGAAAAGUAUCUGUAGUAAUUACUGGGAUUGACUGGAAUUGCUGACACUAAACUGCAAAAAGGGAGACAUGCAACUGCUUGCCAUCUUAAAAACCACAAUUUGCGUGGUCCUAGAGCCCACUAUAAGUUGGCAGUAGUAAAAUAAAACAAAUAUUCUCUGUUCUCAGAAACGUAGUACUUGCAGUCACUUGCAUAUCUGCUCCUACAGCACAUAUUUCAAACAACUCCUUUGCAUUACUCCAUAAUUAUUUUGGUUACCUCCAAGUGAAAGGGUUGGGGAGAGGAGAGGAGUGGUACCUCAGAGCUGAGCUAUGCUGUAUUCUUGUUUUAUUACAAAAUGCUAUAUUGUAAUAUGAAACAUACAUGUUGUCUUAAAAUAAUUUUUUGAAUGCAAUAGUAGAACCUAGGAAGGAGCAUUGCCCAGUGGGACAGGUUUGGUGCAGAGCCAAGGGAUGUGAUUCUGACACUGAAUAUCUGUGAGACUCUGGGCAAGUCUCCUUUCAAUUUGUAAUGUGGGAAUAAACCUACCUCACCAGAAGUAUUUCCUAAGAAAUUGUUCAGGUUGUCAAGAUCUCUGUUGAAGAGUAUUGUAUACAAACACAGAGUAUUUAUUUUUAGCUGUGAACAGGAUGAGGAACCUUGUGUGCACAUAGUAAUGGUCUCUUUUCUGGAAAAGGGACCUUCUCUCUGGGGUGAGUUGUACCUGACUGGAAUCUUUCUGUCAACUGCAGUCAUGCACUUGAUUAUAUAAAUAUUUUUGCCUAGAAUGAGGCAAGUUUGAUUGUUUGGUGACUGUUGGUGUUAGUACUGCAUUCUUUCCCCGAUGGGGUAUUUGUGGUGUUACAGUGUGAGCUUAUCUAUGUUAUUUAUAAGAUUCACGUAUUUUUCCUUCAUUUGCAUAUUUUAGGCCUGUUAAAAAAAUAAAGGCUCCUGAAUAGAA